GAGACAGAGAGGAGAAGCAGAAACAUAGAGGCAAUAUUUAGAGUGUGUAUGUGUGUGUUUGUGUGUUUGUGUUUGUGUUUGUGUGUGCAUUUGUGUAGCAGUUAUUACCUUCCAGCUUCUGAACCAAUCAAGAGCCACCACAGAGAGAGAUAGAGAGGGAGGAAGCCCAUUUACAUUCUCAGUCUAUUCCCAGGCACAGAGGUAGACAGUGUUGUUUUUGAAUCAGAGUCAGAGAGAAGGAACGGAAGUGUUUUCUUCAGAGCGGCACAGCUCAUUCUUUCUCAUAUUUGCCAAGUUGUGCAGGGUGAAAACAGAUGGACAAGAUGAACCACAGCUCAGCUGAGGCAGAGGCUGAAACCAUAGAACCCCUGCGUUACCUCAGUAAAGGGGAGGCGGCAGCUAUCGAGACUGAGCUACUGAGGGACUACAGGUUUGGACAACAGCAGCUGAUAGAGAUUUGGGGACAAGCAUGCGCCCAAGCCAUCACUAAGGCCUACCCUCUCAGCUCUCUAGCAAAGAAGCAGCCAACAGUGCUGGUGAUCUGUGGUCCGGAUCAAAACGGCUCCAUCGGCUUGGUGUGUGCCCGGCACCUGCGCAUAUAUGAAUAUGAGCCUACCAUCUACCACCCUAAACGCUCCUCUCAAAGUCUACACCAGGACUUUACAAUUCAGUGUGAGAAGAUGGACAUCCCUUUCCUCUCCUAUCUUCCCACAGAGGUGCAGCUCAUAAACGAUGCCUACAACCUAGUGAUUGAUGCCAUGCUGGGCCCAGAUGCAGACUGUGCCAACAUUAAGGAGCCCUACCCUGGCAUUCUGGUCACCCUGAAACAAGUCAAGAUCCCCAUUGCCAGUGUGGAUGUGCCCUCAGGAUGGGACGUAGAAGAACCAAGUCAGGAUGGCAUUAACCCAGAAGUUCUCAUCUCACUCACAGCGCCAAAGAAGUGCGCCAUGAGUUUCUCGGGGAAGCAUUUCUUGGCUGGACGCUUCCUGCCCUAUGACAUCCAGAAAAAAUACGAGCUUAACCUCCCAGAUUACCCUGGCACAGACUGUCUUAUAGAAUUGUAACACAUGGGGAACACAAGAGCCAGUGUGGCCGCUGUUCAUUUUCAAAAACGUACAUUUGAGUUAUUCUCUUGUUUUGUAUUUUAUAGAUUUAAUGUUAACAGCUCAGUUGUGUAGAUCAGGCUACAACUUAGCCAAAUA